AUGGGUGAAAAACUUUUGAGAUGGAAAUCUCAUCAACAAAAUUUGUAUGCCAACUUGUAUUGCUAUUACAGCAACCAAGAGAUGGUUGAUACCACCCUCGUCUUCAAAGACGGAGAAAUAAAAGCACAUGGUAUAAUCCUGUCUGCAGGAAGUCGGUUUUUCCGUAAUAUCCUUAACACCAAUGAAUCAGAACAUAAAAAAAGUAUAAUUUUUGAGAGUACACCAAAGAAGAUAAUGGAAUACUUGCUAGAAUUCCUGUACACUGGACAGGUUGCUGUGCCUGUUAGGGCAUUGAAAAAAGUCCUGGAUGCCGCUAGACAGUAUGAAGUGAGGGGUAUCAGGACAUCUAAUAUUGAUGCAAAUUCAUCCCUUCAAAUAUUGGAAAAUGGCUCUGACAAAAUAUCUAGUCCAGAAGAAAGAGAUGCCACCUUGGAAAAUAUUGAACAAAAUUCAAGUUCAUCUCUAGUAAGAAGGUAUAGACCAAACCUGAGAAAAAAUCCUAUUUCUCCAAAAAGGAAUGGAAAUGUUGAAUCAUCACCAAUAGCUUCAAAAUCACCAAAAUAUGCCAGGAUUUUGAAUACUUCUAGGGAGAGUAAUAUAUCUACAAGCCCAAAUUCUACAAAUGGACAAGACAUAGAAUUAUUACCUAGGAAAGAACACUCAGGAUCAGGAAAAUAUUCUAGGAUUGCCAGUACUUCUAGAGAAAACAUCCAAGGCCAUAGGGAGAAAAAUGUACCAAUGCAUGAUUUGGUGGAUUCAGACGAUAGCGAUUCCACUUAUAUUAGGGAGCCGCAAGAACCUUGCACUUCCACCAUUGCAAAGAAUCCUGAGAGAGGCCAAGAAGAAUCCGACGAUGCGGUAGAAGUUGUAAAUAUGACUUGUGAUCAAGUAGUUACACUCAGCACCUUGAGUCCAACUGGGCUCAGCAAAGAUUUGUGCCAAGAAGAGGUUUCUACUAGUAACAAUAAAAAUAAUACCAAGCAAAAAAGAUGUGAGAAUUUCCUGAGCACUGAUGAUGAAGAAGAAUUAGUAAUUAAGAAAUCCAAGAGGAAGAAGAAACAUAUAUCUCAUAAUAAAUGUUCCAGUAAAGCACAAAAUCCGUCUUCAACACAUACUGAAGGUGUAGCAAAAAGAAUAUCUGGUAAGCGAAAGACCAAAAAAUACGAGAAAUUAAUUUGUGAACGUCCAACUCACGAAGUGAACGAGUUCUGUGUUUUGUGCUUCAAAUUUUUCAAAAAUACAGUACAACUCAACACCAGAAAUCAUAUUCAACGGUCGCCAUUUUAUUUAUUUAUACAUUUUUCAGUUUUUUGGUUGCUUGUUGUUUUAUAUAAAAUGUAUAGUUUGUCAACAUUUUUGGACCACUUAUGA